AUGCUGGGUGUGUCCUUCGCAAGAACCGCGCUGGUGCUUUCGGAUCCACCGUCCGCCAUGCUACCGUCGUCGGGUCCAUCAGCCAGGCGCACCUUUGGCGAUGAUGAAACCGGCGAUGAUGAAGCUGGCGAUGCCGAAGUCGGUGAUGACGAAGCCGGCGAAGACGAAGCUGGCGAUGACGAAGCUGGCGAUGACGAAGCUGGCGAUGACGAAGCUGGCGAUGACGAAGCUGGCGAUGACGAAGUCGGUGAUGACGAAGCCGGUGAUGCCGAAGUCGGUGAUGGACAAGCUAGGCGAUGA